UUGCGGUAAAUCGCAGAAAACUGCAAUUUCAUGUUUUAAACCGAGAUGGCGAUAGAUUGGUGAUGUCUACUCAAAAAACUACUAGAAAUAAGUGGGUUUCUAAAAGUUUGAAAUGAGAUGUUUUAACAAGUAUAAUAAAUAAACCAAAAAAAAAAAAAAAUUGUUUGACGGCUGGACCCCAAUCUCGAUGAAGCGUAAAAAAGUCGCGCGUUAUAUCGCGAGAGUAGUCUUUCCUGUAUGUUUUCAAACGCUCUCGCGAUACUUUACUGUCUACCCUGCGCAGCACCUCAAUAAAUUAAUCGCACUUUUCACCUGAACGUUCAAAACGAUUCAAACGCAAAUCGUGUUUCUCAUUUGUCAGAGCGGCUUAAAGCGGAUCACAGCCCCGAUGCUGCAGCGGUUUACGAACCGGACAUUUGAUGCCCAGGACACCGAUUUCAGUCAGGUAACGUCAGCCUGACGCUGUCAUUUCGAAAAUAGCGCGCGGUAUAUUUUAUGAACAAUUAUGAAAAAAUAUAAGAUCUCACAACCCUGAGUGAAAAAAACUUAAAAGUAAUUCGCUGAAGCCCGUCGAAUUGUCUCUCGCGCACAUGAUUGCGUUUCUGUCAGAGUCCGGACACGCACGCGCACGCAGGCACAGAGGGGCUCAGAGCGCUUUGAGUGCACUGACCUCCGAUCUGUGAUGUUUGCAAGCUUGAUGCUGGCCCGGGGCCCGGCUAUGUUAGCGAAUCACUGGACUAGAAUAAAGACAUUGAAGAGAGCAAAGCCUCGCUUCUCUAAACCCGCCUUCCCGUUAGCUCCCAUUUUCCCAACUCCUUCCAAAAUCCCAUCACAGCCUCUCCGCCGGCUCCACAGGCGCACUCGUUCCCGUCAUGAAAUCCCUGUGGACGUGCUCGCUUGUCUUCAGUCUUCGACUUUUAUUAACGAUCGAAGUGGACGUGAACGCGCAGUAUCACACAGGUCCGGCAGAAAGUGAUGCGGUCGACUACAAGGACCCCUGCAAAGCCGCUGCCUAUCUGGGGGAUAUCGCUCUGGAUGAGGAGGACUUGCGUUUGCUGAAGUUGAACUACAUCAUUGCUGCAGUGAAUUCCUCUUCCAACCUCUCUAUAUCUGAAUCAGCUAACAGAUCCUCAGCCAGUGGCAAUGCAGAGGGCGACCCGGUUUUGGUCCGUCGAAUUCUCCUACGCAGAAGAAGAGCGGCCACCGCCAGACCUGAACGAGUUUGGCCGGAUGGCAUCAUCCCGUAUAUCAUCAGUGGCAACUUUAGUGGCAGCCAGCGAGCAGUUUUCAAGCAAGCAAUGCGUCACUGGGAGAAGUAUACCUGCGUGACCUUUGUGGAGAGAAGCACAGAGGAGAGCUACAUCGUCUUUACCAUCCGGCCAUGUGGGUGUUGUUCAUUUGUAGGGAGGAGAGGAGGAGGACCACAGGCCAUCUCCAUCGGGAAGAAUUGUGACAAGUUUGGCAUCGUGGUGCAUGAACUUGGACACGUCAUCGGCUUCUGGCAUGAGCACACGCGACCUGACCGGGACAAUCAUGUUGAUAUAUUUCGAGAAAACAUCCAGCCGGGUCAGGAGUACAACUUCAUAAAGAUGGAGUCUGAUGAUGUAGAUUCCCUGGGCGAGGGAUAUGACUUUGAUAGCAUCAUGCAUUACGCCAGAAACACAUUUUCAAGGGGCGUCUAUCUUGAUACCAUGCUGCCAAAGUAUGAUGUUGAUGGAGCCCGUCCACCCAUCGGACAGCGCACCAGAUUGAGCAAAGGGGAUAUCGCUCAAGCACGAAAACUUUACAAGUGUCCCAGAUGUGGAGAGAGCCUUCAGGACAGCACUGGAAACUUCUCCUCCCCUGGGUUCCCGAACGGAUACGCUGCAUACAGUAACUGCAUAUGGAGGAUAUCGGUCACGCCCGGUGAGAAGAUCAUUCUUAAUUUUACUUCAAUGGAUCUAUACAGAAGUCACUUGUGCUGGUACGACCAUGUGGAGAUCCGUGACGGAUAUUGGAGAAAUGCACCUUUGAUAGGUCGCUUUUGUGGAGAUCAGCUACCAGAGGUCAUCGGCUCCACAGACAGCCGUCUGUGGAUUGAGUUUCGUAGCAGCAGUAAUUGGGUGGGAAAGGGGUUCUCUGCCAUCUAUGAAGCUAUUUGUGGAGGAGAGGUGGAAAGAGACAGUGGACAGAUCGAGUCGCCCAAUUACCCUGACGACUAUCGGCCCAAUAAAGUGUGCGUGUGGAAGAUCAUUGUGCCCCAGGGCUUUCACGUGGGCCUCGGCUUCCAGUCAUUUGAGAUUGAGAAACACGAUAACUGCGCCUACGACUACCUGGAUGUGAGAGACGGGGAUUCUGAGAGCAGUCCUCUCCUGGGCCGCUUCUGUGGAUACGAAAAGCCAGACGACAUCAAGAGCAGCUCCAACCAGCUGUGGAUCAAGUUUGUGUCUGACGGUUCUGUAAAUAAAGCUGGAUUCUCAGCCAACUUCUUCAAAGAGAUCGAUGAAUGCUCCCGGCCUGAUAACGGGUUUUGCGAGCAGCGCUGCGUCAACACCCUGGGCAGCUUCUACUGUGCCUGUGAACCCGGCUUUGAGCUCUCGCCCGAUCGACGCAGCUGUACAGCAGCUGCCUGCGGUGGAUUCAUGACCAACCUCAACGGCUCCUUCACAAGUCCAGGAUGGCCGCAGGAAUACCCACCCAACAAGAACUGCAUGUGGCAGCUCAUUGCACCAUCGCAGUACCGCAUCACGCUGCUUCUCGAAGCCUUUGAGAUCGAAGGCAAUGAUGUUUGUAAGUAUGAUUAUGUUGAGGUGCGAAGCGGUCUGUCCACCGACUCAAAGCUUCAUGGGAAAUUCUGUGGCACAGAGAAACCAGAGGCCAUCACGUCGCAGGCCAACAGCAUGUGUGUGGAAUUCAAAUCAGACAACACCGUGUCCAAGAGAGGCUUCAAAGCUCACUUCUUUUCUGAUGUGGACGAGUGUUCGAGAGAGAAUGGAGGCUGUCAGCACGAGUGCGUGAACACGUUUGGGAGCUACAGCUGUCAAUGUCGCAGCGGCUUUGUGCUGCACAGCAAUAAUCACGACUGCAAAGAAGUGGGCUGUGACCAGGUCAUCACCAGCGUCUCCGGUGUCAUCACCAGUCCAAACUGGCCUGAUAAAUACCCCAGCAAGAAAACCUGCACCUGGACCCUGUCCACCACACCGGGCCAACGCAUUAAACUCGCAUUUGUUGAGAUUGCCAUGGAAGCACACGAGGAGUGUGCCUACGACCAUUUGGAGAUACAUGACGGUCUAAACAGCAAGGCGCCCAGUCUGGGACGCUUUUGUGGCAGUAAGAAGCCGUUACCUGUGGUUUCCAGUGGCGACAGUAUGUUCCUGCGCUUCUCUUCGGACAGCUCGGUACAGAAGAGAGGCUUUAAGGCGUCUCAUUCUGCAGAGUGUGGUGGGAGUUUAAAGGCGGAGAUAAAGACCAAGGAUCUCUAUUCCCACGCCGCGUUCGGUGACAACAACUAUCCCGGAGCGUCCGACUGCCAAUGGGUGAUUUCUGCGGAGAAGGGCUACGGCGUCGAGCUGGUCUUCCAGACCUUCGAAAUAGAGGAAGAAGCCGACUGCGGUUACGACUACAUUGAGUUGUUCGAUGGGGCGGAUGUCAAAGCGCCCAUGCUGGGACGUUACUGUGGUUCUGGGCCACCAGAGGAGGUCCAUUCAGCCGGCGAUGCCAUCGUCAUCAAAUUUCAUUCGGACGACACCAUCAACAAGAAAGGUUUUCAUGUUCGGCUCACAAGCACCAAGUUUCAGGACACCCUGCACACCAGUAAAUAAGUUUUACACAACAGAAGUGAUGCCACUUUUGAUCACUCUUCCACAAGAGGAAAUUCAAACAGAAUGCCUGAUCUCAACACAUCGCCCACAAUAUCCACUGGAAACUUUCAAACUGGAAUAUUAGACUGGAGUGCUUUUCAUCUUCAGGAAAGUGUCGUUGACGGAUGUCUGCUUCCAUUCCCUCCCAUCUUAGAUGAUUGUUUUAUUUUAAAAUGAAGUUCUUAUGUUUUUAUUACCGCACAUAUAGGUUGCUGUUGAGUUUAGCAGUGUAUAUAAUAUCAUUCAGUGAUAAUGACUAUAUAUAUUUUGUAAAAAGCACUUCUAGCGCUGUUUCUUACACAAGAGUUGUAUAUGAUCAUACAGACUGCACUGAUUUAAAUUAUGACUAGAUCUUGCCCAUCUCAAAUGAUCAGCUACAGAACAAACAUGUUA